AUGGAGUGUGUUGGAACAGCUACUGCUUCGGUCCUUGUCAAUGGGUGUCCGACAGAUGAGUUUCCUAUUCAGAGGGGGCUUAGACAGGGGGACCCUUUAUCGCCUUUUUUAUUUUUACUAGCGGCCGAAGGUUUUGAUGUUUUGAUGAAGGCUUCAGUGUCGUCAAAUUUAUUUAAUGCUUAUGGUAUUGGACCUCAAAGUGAAAUUAAAAUUUCUCACCUACAGUUUGCUGAUGACACUAUCAUUAUUGGAGAAAAAUGUUGGUUGAAUGUUCGUACCAUUCGGGCGGUAUUAUUAUUACUUGAAGAGGUGUCCGGGUUGAAGGUAAAUUUUAACAAAAGCAUGUUGACAGGUGUAAACAUUUCUCAUAAUUGGUUGACGGAAGCGGCUUCGGUGUUGAACUGUAAAACUGGUACAAUUCCCUUUAUGUACUUAGGAUUAUCUAUAGGCGGAGAUAGUAGAAGACUCAGUUUCUGGAAACCGGUAGUGGACCGAAUUGUUGCUAGAUUGUCGUCGUGGAAUAAUAAAUUUCUAUCGCUUGGUGGUCGCUUGGUUCUUCUGAAAUAUGUCAUAUCCUCUCUUCCGGUUUACUUUCUUUCCUUUUUCAUGGCACCUGCAGGCGGAGUACCUUUAAAGAUUCAAUUUAGUCGUCUUUAUGAUUUAUCGGUGCAUAAGAAGUGUUCGGUGGCAGACAUGGAGCGUUGGGGGUGGGUUGAGGGCGGUAAUGGGUGGGUUUGGAGAUGGCGGUUGUUAGCUUGGGAGGAGGAGAGUAUGAGGGAGUGUAUCACUUUACUGGAUAACGUUGUUUUGCAGGUUCAUAUUCAGGACCGUUGGCGGUGGUUACUAGAUCCUGUUCAUGGUUAUAGUGUUGGUGGGACUUAUCGUUUUCUCACAAAUUCUGAAGAACAGGUGGCUAAUGAUGCUUUUAUUGACGUGUGGCACAAAUUGGUCCCGACAAAAGUGUCGCUUUUUGCUUGGCGGUUGCUUCAAGACAGAAUUCCUACAAGAGCAAACUUGGUGCGUCGUCUCAUUCUUCAACCAAACGACAAUUUAUGUGUUGGAGGGUGUGGACUAUCCGAAACGACAGGUCAUCUCUUCAUUGGAUGCGAAUAUUUUGGAAGUGUUUGGGUUUUACUUUGUCAUUUGUUUGGGUUUUCUUUUGUUCCUCCAGGCUCUAUUAAGGAUCAUUACAUUCAGUUUACUCAUUUGGCGGGUUCGCCUAGAUCUACUCAUGUGUUUUUUAAGGUUAUUUGGCUUGCUUGUGUUUGGGGAAUAUGGAAGGAGUGA